AUGAACAAAAGAAAUUCCUUAAUAAACUAUUAUCAAUACGAAACUAAAUAAAAUGAAAAUGUUAUUGAAUCAAAAAUAGGGGAUGAUUAUGCUAAAUUAAUUUAAAAAAUAUUCAGAAAAUUUGUUAGCUUUAGAAAUAAAAAUAUAUUUUAAACCAAAAAAAUUAAAGAACAUGAAGAUUUACAAAUGCGAGCUUAAAUGACUCGACCUUCUUCUGAUUAUUCGAAAGUUAUACUUAAUUUUAUGAAUGCUUUUGAAGAUAAUGCUAAUGUCGAAUAGGAACAUAUUGAAAAGCCUAAAUAAGAUGGUAUUUUAAUUGAAAAAGACUAAAUAUAUAAAAUUGGUGGAAUUAUAUUCUCGUUUGAUAUAUAUGUCAUAAGAGUUAAUUAUUUAAAAACAAAAGAAAACUAUCUUGCUUAGAAAAAUUAAAAAAACAAAAUCGCAAGAGAUGAUAAUAUUCCUUUAUUUUUAACUGAAAAUCAAGAUGAUUAUAUCAUUUACAUGCCAAAAACUACUUAUUCAAUGUUUUGA